AUGUAUAAUUUGUUUGAUUACAAUGAUGAAAAAAAGAAAUAUAAAGUUCUUUAUAAAACUAUAUUAACAGAAGAUGAAAAUUUGUAUGAAUAUAAAAUUGAUUAUGUAGAAUGCUAUAAGUUAAAAAGUAUAAUUAAAACUAUUCAUUAUAUUUUUUGUUUUUUAUCUUUUGGCUUGUUACCAUUAAUUUUUUCAUGGUUCCCAAUUUUUUAUUUUAAGUUAUUACAUUCAAAAUGUUCAUUGAAUGAAUGUGAAAAAGUGUUAAUUGUAACAAAAGAAGGUGGAAAAUAUAUAGAGAAAAUAAAAAAUGUACAAUUAUAUAAUGACAUAAAUAUUGUUUUGAAUGACCAUAAUAAUAUUCCUAAAGAAGGUUUUACUAGCAUUAAAAGUUUAUAUUCUAAAAAUUUAUUGAAUACUUACAAAAAUUCAGAAUUGAAAAAUAAGAAAAAUAAUAUAGAAAAAUAUUAUUCUGAUAUAGAGGAUAAUUAUGAAAAAAUAAAAAGUUGUGAAGAAGAAUCAGAAAUGGAAGAAUAUAAAUAUAAUACUCAUAUAUUUGAAUUUUUAGGAGUUCGCUACGUAUAUAUUAGAAGAAAAAAAUGUUUUGUAGAAUUAUAUUUUUAUAUAACAUAUCCUUUAGAGUUUAUUCAUUUAAUGUGUGAUGGUUUAAGUAGUCAUAAGUUAAUAAGAGAUAGAAAAUUAUUAUAUGGAGAAUGUAAUUUUAACAUUAAGUUAGAUACGCUUUUUGUAUUAUUAUUUAAAGAAAUAAUUCAUCCCUUUUUUAUAUUUCAAAUAUUUGCUAUGAUCAUUUGGAGUAUUGAUAAUUACUAUGAAUAUGCUUUAACCAUAUUAUUUAUUACUAGCAUAUCAACAAUAAUAGAAUUACAUUCAACACGUGCAAAUCAAAAAAAGUUGAAAAACUUGAUAGACUAUAAAUGUUUAGUGAAAGUGCACAGAUAUAAUUCAAUCAGUUUGUUGGAUUCUUCUGAUUUGGUUCCAGGAGAUAUAUAUGAAAUAGAAAACAAUAUGAAAAUACCUUGUGAUACUAUUUUAUUAAUUGGAAACGCUACAAUGUCAGAACAUAUGUUAACUGGAGAAUCUGUUCCUGUUAACAAAAGUAAUUUGCCAUUUCUUGAUGAAUAUGAUGAUAUAAAUUUUUUUAAGCAAGAAAAAAAUAAGAAAGAAAAAUUAGAUAUAGUAGAAAAACAUAUUAGUGAUAUAAUAAAAUUAGAAAAGAAAAAAGAAGAAAUAAAAAAUUCAAAUGUUAAUAAUAUAUUAAGUAAAAAGGAUUAUUAUAAAGUAAAAAAUCGAAAUAAUAAAAAUAUAACAAAUCAGAGAAAUACAAAUAUAAAUAAUAACUAUAUUAUUUAUAAUCAAAAAUCAGAACAAAUAAUUAAUAAAUAUAAUAAUGAAAAGGAAAAUAUGAAAAGAAGUACUUGUAUGAUUAAUGAUUUAGACAAUUUUUUAUCUUCUAUAUCAGAUUCUUCUUCAACAUGUUAUGAAAGAAAAAAAAAAAAAAAAAAAGAAUUGGAAAGAAAAUACGAAGAAAAAAUAAGUAAGCAUACCUUAUAUGCAGGUACAACCGUUUUAUCAGUAAACAGUUCAAACGUAACAAAAAAAAAAAAUAAAGUGUUAGGAUUAGUUAUAAAAACUGGUUUUAUUACUACAAAGGGUAAAUUAAUUAAUAAUAUAUUACAUUCAAAAAAAGCUCGUUUAAAUUUAAUCCAAGAUUCAUAUAAAUUUUUAGCUAUAUUGGCUAUAUAUGCACUGGUUAGCGGAUUCAUAGUAUUAUUUUUGACUAUUAUCAAUAACGUUUUUUCUAGUCAUACUAUAAUAAGAUGUUUAGAUUUAAUAACAGAUGCUGUACCUCCUGCUUUACCUACUACUUUAACAGUCGGUAUAACUAUAGCAAUAAGUCGUUUAAAAAAAAAAUUUUCUAUUUCUUGUAUAUCUCCAUCCCGAAUUAAUUUAGCUGGACAAAUAAAUACUAUGGUUUUUGAUAAAACAGGAACAUUAACUGAAAAUAGGUUGGAUUUUUUAGGUGUUAUACCAAUUAAAAAUGGGGAAUUAUGUGAUUUUAUUCCUAUAAAUAACUAUGGAAGUUUUUCGGAUAUAAAUGAAUACAAUUACAUGGAUAAACAAAAGGAAAAUAAUCUAGAAAACGUUCACUUACUUAAAAAAGGUUCCUUUGAAAAACAUGAUAAUUAUAUAUUAUCAACUAUCAAAAAAUAUAUAAAUACUAAUGACAGUAGGGAACUUAGCUUAUUAGGGUCUAAUUAUAAUAUUGAUCAAUGUGAAUAUCAUAAUUUUGAUGAAGAAAUCAACAAUAAAAAAAUUAUUUUUGGUGACUGUAAUGCCGCAAAUAACAAUUAUUUAAAUAAUUAUGAAAAUUGUAAUAAUCAUUACAACUUUAAUAAUUGCUAUAAUGAUGAAAAUUACAACAAUUUAAAUAGUUAUAAUAACUGCAACAAUAGUUUUUAUGGUUAUAAUUUGAAUAAAAAAGACAACUUUAAUAAAAUUAUGAAAAUGAACUAUUCAACAUUUCUUGAUGCUUUGGCAUGUUGUCACUCUUUAACAAAAAUAAAUAAUGAGUUGAUAGGAGACGUUUUGGAAAUUUUAAUGUUUCAAUCUACUAAUUGUAAUAUUGAGAUAGGUGAAGACAAUGUUGUCAUAAAAGAAUCAAAAAAUUUAAAUAGCAAUUUUUUUUCUUCACAUGAAGAAAACUAUUAUAAUAAACCUAUUUAUUAUAUUUUAAAGAAAUUUGAGUUUAAUAGUAAUCUUCAAAGAAUGAGUGUGAUUGUGAAAAAUGUUGAAAAUGAAAAGCAUUAUUUAUUUUGUAAAGGGAGUCCAGAAAAAAUUAAAGAAUUAUGUUUAAAAAAUAAAAUUCCAGAUGAUUAUGAUGAUAUAUUACAAAAAUAUGCAAAAUUAGGUAUGAGAAUAAUAAGCUUGUCUUACAAAGAGUUGGAUUCAUAUAAUCAUAAUAUUUUAAAUAUUACAAGAAAUAGUUUAGAAAAAAAUUUAUCAUUUUUAGGGUUUCUAAUAUUCGCAAAUAAAUUGAAAAAUAGCGCAUAUGAUAUUAUAAAUAAUUUAAAAAGUUCUGGAUGUCAUUGCAUUAUGUCUACAGGGGAUAAUAUUUUAACUUCUAUUUCUGUUGCAAAACAGUGUGGGAUAAUAAAUGAAAAUAUUGAAUCUAUAAUUAUAGGGGAUGUUAGAACUGUUAAAAAAAAAAAAAAAAUAGUUUGGUAUGUUGAUAAAAAUGAUAACAUUUUUAAAAAUGAAAAUAUAAACUUAGAGAAUAAAAAAAAAAUAAUUAAUGAUAAAGGUAUUGAUAAUAAUAAUAGUAAUAAUAAAAAAGAUGUUUUGGGAAAUGAAAGAGAAAACCAUACAGACUAUAUAGCUUUUGAAUUUAAUGAAAAUCCUAAUGAAUUAUAUAAAAAUAAAGAUAUGUAUAUAUGCGAUGAAGGUAUUAUGAAAAACAAUAAUAAAUGCUAUUAUAGUAAUAAAAAUAAGAAUUUAAAAAAGCAAGGAAAAAAAAAAAUAGAAAGACAUUCACAUAAUUCAAAGUUGGUUUUUGAUGAUUUAUGUGAAAUAUUAAUUCAUAGAGAUCCUAGAAGCAUAGGUAUUGUUUUAUCUGGGGAAGCUUUUAUAUUUUUAAAAAAAGAAUUUGAAUGUUUAGAUUUGCCAUUUUAUGAUGAGUGUGAAAAGAUAACAUAUAACAUAAUGAAAAAUAAUUCAAAGAAAAAAAAAAAUAAGCUAUAUUAUAAUUCCAAAAUUAUUCCAAAAUAUAUAGAAAAAAUACAUAAUAAAAAUUUUUGUUAUAAUAAAUUAUUUUACAAGAUUCAAAGUAAGUUAUUUGAAAAUUUAAGCAAGGGUAUUUUAAAAAAAAGACUAAUAGAAAAUAACAAAAGUUAUAUUAAAAAGAAAAAUAAAAAUACCUUAAUAUACGAACAAUGUUCGAAGGAAACAAAUUUAAUUUAUUUAUCGAAUACAAACAAUGAUGACGAAAACAGCUUAGUAUGUUUAAAUCAUAUUAAAAAUAAGGAAGAAAAUAAGCAUGACAAUUUAGAAAUUUUAAAAAAUAAAAAGAAAAAUAAUUUCCUUAAUAUAAAAAACUAUAUUAAAAUUACACAAAAAAGAAAAAUAAUGGAUGCUUUAUUAAUUAAAGAGGAUUCAGACCAAAAGGAAGUUUUGAGCAAGAGUUUAAGAGUGAAUUCUUUAAACAAUAUAAAAAGUUUAAAAAAGAGAAAAAUAAACCGAUUUGAGGUUUUAACAAAAAAGGUAUUAUCCUAUCCCAAACCUCUUCUUUCACUCUGUAUUAUAAAAGAAAAAAAUAUUUAUAAGGUAAAUUAUUUUUUGCAACCUAAGGAAAAUUCUUUUUUCAGAUUAGUUUUUCGUUUCAUUGAUUACUUUGUUAACAUGAGAAAAAAAAAAAAAAUUAAAAAACUUGGGGAGUUAAAACGUAAUAAUUUAUUAGAAAUCUCAUCUUUUAAUAAAGCAAAUUAUAAGUCAUAUAAUUUAGAUAGUAUUCCUGAAAGUCAUUUCACGAUAGACAUUUACAGUAAAACCUGCAGAAAGAAAGAUAAAGAAAAAAAAAAAGAAAAAUUUACAUUUUUUAAAAAUAAAUUAUUUAACAUUAAUAGCAAAAUGGGAAUAAUAAAAAGAAAAGAGAACAGAAAAUUUCAGAACAGGACUAAUUUUAAAGAUUUAUAUUUUUGUUCAAAUAGGAAAUAUAAAAAAUUAAAGGAAGAUUAUUUGUGCAAUUAUAAUAAUUCACAGAAAUUUUCAUUAAGUCCAAGAUUCCUUGAAGAAAAAAUUCCUCAUAAAGAAUUUAAUAGUAUUUUAAAAUCUAAUAAAAAUGAGAAUAGUAAAAAAGAAAAUGAUGCAUACUUAUUGGAUGAAGAUCAAAAAUUUAUAGAGAACAAUGAAAAUAUGAAAAAUAAUAUAUAUUUAAAAUCAAACUUUUAUAAAAGUAAAACUAACUUCAAAAAUAGUUCGUAUUUUAAAUAUACAUAUUUAACGAAAAAAAAAAAAAAUAAAGUAAUUAAUAAGAAAAAUAUGCAUAUAAAUAAAAAUAAUCUUCUAAUGAAUAAUUACUUAUGUUUCUUAAAACAGUCAUUAUAUCAUGAAUGCAAAAAAGAUACAUGUUAUAGGUAUUCACAUAUUAAAAAUAUAAAAUUGUCAAUAUAUGAAUAUAUCUUACGAGUAUGUACUGUUUAUGCUCGAAUGAAACCAGAAUACAAAACACAACUAAUUUUAAGUUUAAAAAAUUUACCACAUAUGCCUUUUGUUGGAAUGUGUGGAGAUGGAUCAAAUGAUUGUGGUGCUUUAAAUUGUGCCGACAUUGGAAUUUCAUUGAGUCAUAACGAGUCUUCUAUAUGUGCUCCUUUUACAUCUGAUAAUUUUUAUUUAAAUAGUGUAAUUAACAUUUUAGUUGAAGGAAGAGCAGCUUUGGUUAAUUCAUUCCAACUAUUUAAAUUUAUUUCUUUAUAUUCAGUUAUGCAAUGCUCAGUUGUUCUUAUUUUAUAUGCUUUCUCUAAUAAUUUAACAGACAACCAAUUUAUUUUUACUGAUAUAUUUACCAUAUUACCUCUUUCCAUUUUUAUGAGUUGGACUUCGGCUAGCGAAAAAUUAUCUAGUAAUUUGCCUUUAGGGAAGCUAUUUUGUUUUCCUGUUCUCUUUAGUAUAUAUGGACAAAUUAUUAUUCAACUGUUUUUUAUAUUUAUUAGUUUGUUUUUAUUAUUUUAUCAACCUUUUUAUAAAAAUGAUACCAAUUUAUUUCCUCUUGGAGAUGCAGCAAACAAAAAACUUAUUUGUUCAAAAAAUACUUUAAUAUUCAUUAUAUCAUCUUUCCAGAUUUUAUUUAUUUGCAUAUCUUUAAAUAUAAAAACGGAAUGGAGGAAAAGUGUCAUAACAAAUGCAGUUUAUAUGUCUUGGAUUUUGAUAUUAAUUUUAAUUAACAUCUUUAUUACAAUUUUUUCAUCAGAUACUUUUUUAUUAGGUCCCUUAGUGCAUUUUUUGAAAAAAUAUUUAAAUUUGGUUAGUUUUCCUAUUUAUUUCAGAUUUUAUAUAUCACUUAUUUUAAUAAUCAAUUUUAUAUGCACAUACUAUUUUGAAAAAUAUUUUAUUAGAUAUUUAGAAAAAAAAGAAAUGAAAAAAAAUUAUAAACAAAAUCACAUAAACAUUUUUCCUGUUCCAUCUGAGAUAGAUACAAAAGUUUUUGUUACUCACUUAUAA